AUGGGAAAUUGCGUUGGCUCAUCAGCAGCAAGAGUUGAUGCCACUCUCAGCUCCUCCGCAUCCGCGGCAUCACGCUACCCGAACAGAAACAGCAACUCAUCCAUACCUUCCAACAUAAGCAUUCCCUCACACAGUGGCAAAAGCAUUGCGGAAGGCCUCUCGACUCCGAGAUCGGAAGCUGAGAUUCUGUCAUCACCACAUGUCAAGGCCUUCACAUUUAACGAACUACGAAAUGCAACGAGAAACUUUAGGCCUGACAGUCUUCUUGGGGAAGGAGGAUUCGGGUACGUCUUCAAAGGUUGGAUUGAUGAACAUACCCUUACUGCCUCAAGGCCCGGAUCAGGCUUGGUCAUUGCGGUGAAGAAGUUGAAGCCCGAGGGAUUUCAAGGCCACAAAGAGUGGUUGACAGAAGUUAAUUAUUUGGGUCAACUUCAUCACCCGAACCUUGUAAAACUCGUUGGCUACUGUUUGGAGGGUGAAAAUCGACUGUUGGUUUAUGAGUUCAUGCCGAAAGGAAGCCUGGAGAAUCAUUUGUUCAGAAGAGGGCCACAACCCCUGACCUGGGCAACUCGUAUAAAGGUCGCCAUAGGUGCUGCCAGGGGCCUUUCUUUCUUGCACGAAGCUGAAGAGCAAGUCAUAUACAGAGACUUUAAAGCUUCUAAUAUUCUUCUUGAUGGGGAAUUCAAUGCAAAAUUGUCCGACUUUGGUUUGGCCAAAGCCGGCCCCACCGGCGACAGGACACAUGUAUCGACCCAAGUUAUGGGCACUCAUGGAUAUGCUGCACCUGAAUAUGUCGCCACAGGGCGGCUGAGUAGCAAAAGCGAUGUGUACAGCUUUGGGGUGGUCCUUCUGGAGCUGCUCUCCGGCCGGCGUGCAGUUGACAAGACAAAGGUGGGGAUUGAGCAGAAUCUAGUGGACUGGGCUAAACCAUACAUGGGGGACAAGCGGAAGCUGUUUCGGAUAAUGGACAUAAAGCUCGAGGGCCAAUAUCCUCAGAAGGCUGCCUUCGCAGCUGCCACGGUGGCCUUACAGUGCCUCAGCCACGAGUCAAAGAUGAGGCCCCGAAUGGCCGAGGUCUUGGCCACGCUUGAGGACCUCCAGCAGGCCCCUAGAAACUCGAGCGCUAGACCUCCGGACACGCCUCUGGAGUCGCCUACUCCAGCUCAUCAGAGAUCGUCUGCUGGACGUGAGAAUGGAAUGUAA